ACGCGCAUGUGCGUCUUCGGCGAUUUUCUUCCACACGAGCCUGGUGAAAAUGGCGGAGCAAAGUUCCGUGCCGAGUGAUCUUUACAAACAUGUCUAUUCAUUUCUACUGGAGAACAAGUUUACCAAGGCUGCCCAACACUUCAUCAAACAAGCUAAAGUGCCACCCCAGGAUGAAAAAGAAGCUGCUGGUCUUCUUGACAUUUUCAACUUCUGGGUGAAGUCUCCCGAAGCUAAGAAACGCAAGGCGCUGCCCAUCGGUCCGGCAGCCAGUGACAGUCCGUCUGCUAAGAAGGCAAAGACUGCAGAGAGCUCCAGUGAGGAGUCGAGCAGCGACGAGGAGGAAGCUGCAGCACCUGCCAAGGCCACACCCACAGCGGCCAAGGCUCCACGCCCUGCUAAAUCAGAUUCCAGCAGCAGUGAUGAUUCCAGUGACGAGGAGGAGGAGGAGGCUGUAGCGAAGAAACCGGCAGCAGCCAAAGAUGAGGCCAAAGCUCCUGCAGCUAAACGAAAGGCUGCAGCCGCGACCCCUAAGGCAGGAAAGGCUGCAGCCGUGACCCCUAAGGCAGGAAAGGCUGUAGCCGCGACCCCUAAGGCAGCAGCUCAGAAGAAGACUGCGAGCAGCAGCAGUAGUGAAGACAGCUCCAGUGAAGACGAGGCGCCCACUAAGACCCCGGUGAAACCUCCUGGCCCCGUCAAGACCCCUCCAGCUAAGGACAGUAGUUCCUCGGACAGCAGCGAUGACAGCAGUGAUGAUGAGGAGGAGGAGAAGAAGAAGAAAGUGUCAGCUAAAACAGUCAAAACCACCCCAGCCAAGACUGUGACCCCCAAAGCUGCUGCAGCUGCUAAGAAGGCAGAGUCCAGCUCUGAGAGCACAGACUCCAGCUCUGAAGAAGAAGUAGCAGCAAAGAAGCCAGCAGCUAAGGCUACCCCAGCUAAGGCUACCCCAGCUAAGGCUACCCCAGCUAAGGCUACCCCAGCUAAGGCUAAGCCAGCAGAAGACUCUGACUCCAGCUCUGAGGAUGAAGAAGAGGCUAAGAAGCCAGAAGUAAUAAGGGUUAAGUCCACAGCUGUCAAAGUAACGGUUACCCCUGCCAAGGAAGACUCUUCCUCAGACUCCAGCUCAGAGGAGGAGGAAGAGGAGGAGAAGGGUUCGAAGACGGUGAAAGUGGCGCCAGCUACAGCAACCGUAACGGUGGCAGAGGUGAAGGAGCGGGGGGCCAAGACUGUGACUGUAGCGGGGGCCAAGGCUACUGUGAAGGUGGUGGACGGCGACUCCUCUUCCUCGAGCUCAGAGGAUGACGAAGAGGGGACGGUGAAAGCAGCACCAGCUAAGGCGACUCCUACCGUGACCCGAGGCAAGGCUGCUGAAUCCUCCUCAGACUCUGACUCGAGCUCAGAAGAUGAGGAAGAGGCUAAAAAACCAGCAGCCAAGGUGACUCCAGCGAAGACUGCCCCAGCUAAGAAAUCAGACUCUUCCAGCUCUGACUCUGACAGCAGUUCUGAGGACGAGACACCAGCUAAACCUGCUGCAGCUGCUCCCAAGGCCCCAGCCAAGGCUGCUACAGAAAACAGCUCAGACUCCGACUCUUCUUCUGAAGAUGACGAACCCCCAGCUAAGAAGGCUACCCCAGCCUCUGUUGCUAAAUCAGCUUCCAAACCAGCAACCCCGGUUCCUAAAUCAGCUUCCAAACCAGCCACCCCAGUUACUAAACCAGCUGCUACAGAAAACAGCUCGGACUCCGACUCUUCUUCUGAAGAUGACGAACCCCCAGCUAAGAAGGCUACCCCAGCCUCUGUUGCUAAAUCAGCUUCCAAACCAGCAACCCCGGUUCCUAAAUCAGCCUCCAAACCAGCCACCCCGGUUCCUAAACCAGCCUCCAAACCAGCCACCCCGGUUCCUAAAUCAGCCUCCAAACCAGCCACCCCAGUUACUAAACCAGCUGCAGCGGAGAGCAGCUCGGACUCCGACUCUAGCUCAGAUGAGGAUGAGGCCGUAGCUAAGAAGGCUACCUCUAAACCAGCCAAACCAGUGGUGACUAAAUCAGCCUCUAAACCAGUCACCCCAGUGGUGACUAAAUCAGCCUCUAAAACAGCCACCCCAGUGGUGACUAAAUCAGCCUCUAAAACAGCCACCCCAGUGGUGACUAAAUCAGCCCCAGCCAAGGCAGCAGCCGAGAGCAGCUCCGAUUCAGACAGCUCGGACUCGGAGGACCAGGCUGCUGCUACGAAGAAGACCACCCCCAAACCUGCAGCCAAGAGUCCUGCCGUCAAGACACCGGCUAAAGCUGCAGAGUCGUCAUCGUCUGAGGAGAGUAGCUCUGAGGAAGAGGAGGCCAGUAAAAAGACUGUGAAACCCGCUGCCGCCCCCAAGACCACCCCCAAGACAACCCCCAAGACCACCGCAGCAGCCAGACCUAAAGCCAAGGAGGACAGCAGCUCUUCAGAUGACUCCAGUGAUGAAGAGGCAGCGCCCAAACCAGCAGCAGUGAAGGCUACAACACCAGCCUCGGCUAAAAAGGCAGCCGAAAGCAGCUCCGACUCUUCCGACAGUUCCGACUCGGAGGUGGAGACCGAGGCCGCCAAGGCGACGCCCGCUAAGCCUGCUCUGACCAAUGGAAAGCCAGCUACACCCAAAGCAACCACCUCUGCAGUCAAGGCAACGAAACCGACCAAGGCUGCCGAGUCUUCCUCUUCCGAGGAGAGUAGCUCUGAGGAAGAGGAGGCCAGUAAAAAGUCUGUGAAACCCACCCCCAAGACCACCCCCAAGACCACCCCAGCAGCUAAAACCAAGGAGGCCAGCAGCUCAUCAGACGACUCUUCUUCGUCUGAAGAAGAAGAGGCAGCAGUCACCACUCCCAUCGCUAACGGCAUUGUAAACGGUAAGAGAAAAAAGGAUGGAGAAGCCUCAGAGAACGAGGAAGAAUUAACGACACCUAAAAAUAAGAAAACAACAACAACACCACAGACGUUCCCUAAAGUCUCUAAGAAGAUCAAUGUACCUUUCCGUAGAAUAAGAGAGGAGGAAAUUGAUGUGGAUAACCGACUGGCUGACAACUCCUUCGACGCCAAGCGCGGGUCGGAUGGAGACUGGGGCCAGAGGGCCAAUGACGUGCUCCGCUUCACCAAAGGGAAGUCCUUCCGUCACGAGAAGACGAAGAAGAAGAGGGGUAGCUACUGUGGAGGAGCCAUCUCCCAGUCCGUCAACUCCAUCAAGUUCGACAGCGACUGAGAACCUAGUCAUCGUUUGUCACUACCCCUCUUCCUCCCCUCUCGACCCAGGACUAUCUGAGGACCAGGACGGUCUGCCCCCCUCCCCAUCCCCCGACUUCCCCCUCAGCAGAAACCUGACUGAGCUGAAGAUCGUGAACUGAACUAGAGCUGAGACUGCUGCACUCACAUAAGUGGCGGGUGAUUUGUAGUUCGUACGUCUGUGUUAAACCAGUCCUUUUAAAAUGCACAUUUCUGUAAUGGCGGAAUGACGCUGUAGAAGUGGAGACUAGCUUUCCUUGAAAUGGCACCCAGUCAAGACACCUCCCCUGCAGCCUUUCUUAUGUCCUAAACGGCACCCUAUUCCCUAAGUAGUGCACUACUUUUGACCUGAUCGAAAGUAGUGCACUACGUAGGGAAUAGGGUGCCGUUUAGGACAGAAGAAAGGCUGCAGGUGAGGUGUCUUGGCUUGUCUCCCCUUGUGCCUUCAGGACGAAUCACGAAGGAUUCAUGUACAUCAUAUAGCCACCAGGUGGCGGUAGUCAGCCACCAAUUCAGUUAAAUAUCAAGUCAAACUGUUUUCAGAUUUCAUUUCUCUCUCGGCCACUUAAUAUGUUGCUUGUUGUGAAAUUGUUAGCCUGGAUCUCACACAUUCUGUCCAGUGAUAUUUUUUUCUCUCUUUUCUCCCCCAGUCGUAAAUUUAAAUUCUGUUUCUUGUUUAUUGCAGUUUGCAUUGUGGGGAAAAGGGUUAUUCGUUUGAUUUUUGUAUGGAACAUGCAGACCUGUGGGUUUUGUUUUUGAGGGUUGAAUGAAAUUAUCUUUUAGUUUCUCUUUUGGUAUGAUUUAUUAUGGUGUGGAUAUUUCGUAGUGGGUGCGUUCCAGGCUGACUACAUUUGCAGUGGCCUACCAGAUCUCACGCCCCUGGAUAAGGAUUCAACCACUGCAAUGUAGUCAGCCUGGAACGCACCCGUUUUAGAUCAGUAUUUACGUUUUUUUUUUAGCCUGGGAGUAUCAGGGAUCAUCCAACUGUUAUUACAAGCUGCAGUCUAAAAAUAACUUCCUGGGUCGCGUUCAGUAGGAUGUACUGAAACAAAACGUUUUGAAACGGUAAACUCCGUUUCUAAAAAUACAUUUAAAAAGUAAUUCUGUUGUGCUUACUGAACAGGAUCUGGUUGCAUCUGAAAUGGUACCCCGUUCACUAGUAAGUAGUGUACUGUAGGGAAUACACUGCCAUUUCAGAUGUGAUGUUGAUUCCUGCUGAAGUCAAAACUGCCAGCCUAUUGGUUUGGUGGUUCAUUGGUUCAGCAGCCAACCAACCACAAGUUGUUUUAAUUUUGUGAAUUUUCAAUUUCCUGUUUCUAGUCUUAUUUUCUUAUUGAGUAUUGUUACUACUUGAAUAAAAUACCUAGUUGUUCCAA